AUGAGCGCGCUGCCCCCGCGGCCCCCGCUGGCAUCGACGUCGCCCGAGAUCCCCGAGGAGGCGGCGGUGGAGGCCAAGCCUCCGGGCGCCGAGGACGGUCGCGGGGGCAGCCCGGACAUCUUAAAGGGCUGGCUCCUCAAGUGGACCAACUACCUGAAGGGCUACCAACGCCGCUGGUUCGUGCUCAGCAACGGCCUCCUGUCCUACUACAGAAAUCAGGGGGAGAUGGCUUACAACUGUCGUGCAACAAUCAACUUGUCCACAGCUCAUUUUGACCGUGAGGAUUCCUGUAAUAUUUUGCUCUCCUAUGGGGGCAGGACAUAUCAUCUAAAGGCCGGAUCAGAAGUGGAGAGGCAGCAAUGGCUUGGUGCUUUGGAACUGGAGAGGGCAAAAGCUGUCCGCAUGAUGAAAGCCCUGUCAGGAAAUCGGGAAUUGCAGUCAGUGCUCACAGGAGAUGACUCUGGUGAUGAGGACGUCCCCACCCAUUCUGACAAGAGCGAACUGCAGAACACCUUAAGCGUUCUUUUGGGCAAGUUGGAUGAUCUAAGCAUAUGCAAUGACCUUAUCUCAAAACAUGGGGCAGCUCUCCAGAGGUCGCUGAGCGAGCUGGAGAGCCUGAAAAUACCUGUCGAAAGUGGGGAGAAGCUAAAAGCAGUUAAUGAGCGGGCCACCCUAUUUCGGAUCACCUCCAAUGCUAUGAUCAAUGCUUGUCGGGACUUCUUGGAACUAGCAGAAACACAUAGUCGGAAAUGGCAAAGAGCCCUGCAGUAUGAACAGGAGCAAAGGAUCCGCCUGGAAGAGACCAUCGAGCAGUUAGCCAAACAGCACAACAGCCUGGAACGAGCCUGCCGAGGGGCCCCGGCCAACCCCCAGUCUGACAUCCUCCCCCAGGGGAUCAAAGGGGACCUCAGUGAUGAAGAUGAGGAUACAGAGUAUUUUGACGCCAUGGAAGAUUCAUCUUUCAUCACAGUAAUCACAGACCCCAAAGACAACAGAUCUGCUGAAGGUGGGAAUGAGGCAGGCCCAGUGGAUGACUGGAAUGCAGAGGACCAUGUGUUUGGGAGUGCCACGCACAUCCUGGGCAUCCCGCCCAAAGUCAAGAAGAGGACGCGCAUCCCUGACAAACCUAACUAUAACAUUAACCUCUGGAGCAUAAUGAAGAAUUGUAUCGGCAAAGAGCUGUCUAAGAUCCCCAUGCCUGUGAAUUUUAACGAGCCCCUCUCCAUGCUCCAGCGGCUCACUGAGGACCUGGAGUACCACGAGCUGCUGGACAAGGCCGUCAAGUGCGAGAACUCCACAGAGCAGAUGUGCUUUGUGGCUGCCUUCUCAGUGUCUUCCUACUCCACCACUGUCAACCGCAUAGCUAAGCCAUUCAAUCCCAUGCUGGGAGAAACCUUUGAGCUGGAUCAGAUGGAAGAAAUGGGCUUUCGUUCCCUCUGUGAGCAGGUGAGCCACCACCCUCCUGCAGCUGCCCACCACGUGUUCUCCAGAAAUGGCUGGACCCUGUGGCAGGAAAUUACCAUCUCCAGCAAGUUCCGGGGCAAAUACCUGUCCAUCAUGCCACUGGGUGCUAUUCACCUAGAAUUCCAGGCCAGCGGGAAUCACUACAUCUGGCGGAAAAGUACAUCUACUGUGCACAACAUCAUCGUGGGCAAGCUCUGGAUUGAUCAGACUGGAGACAUAGAGAUAAUUAACCAUAAGACAAAGGAUAAGUGUCUACUGAAGUUUACACCCUACAGCUACUUCUCAAAAGACUACACCCGGAAGGUGACAGGGGUGGUGACAGAUAGCAAAGAGAAAGCACAUUAUGUGCUGUCGGGUUCCUGGGAUGAGAAGAUGGAGUGCGCCAAGAUCGUUCAGAGCAGCCACAGCAGCCCCAGCACAGAGGGCAAGCAGAAGAUGGUCUACCAGACCCUGCCGGCUAAGCUCCUGUGGAAGAAGUACCCUCUACCGGAGAAUGCUGAGAACAUGUAUUACUUCUCGGAGCUGGCCUUGAUCCUGAAUGAACCCGAAGAAGGCGUGGCCCCCACAGACAGCAGGUGGAGACCUGACCAGCGUCUCAUGGAGAACGGCCAGUGGGACGAGGCCAAUUCUGAGAAGCAGCGGCUAGAGGAGAAACAGAGGAUGAUCCGACGUAAGCGCCUGGAGUUGGGUAGCCGUGAACACCUGGAAGAAGGGAAGGAAGCAGACCUGUACAAGCCCUUAUGGUUCGAGAAAAAGAUGGACCCCUUCACAGGGGAGGAGGCCUACAUCUACAGGGGAGGGUACUGGGAAGCCAAGGAGGAGCAGAACUGGUCCAUGUGUCCAGACAUCUUCUGAGCCGCCAGCCCCAGGCCUGUCCGCCGCCUGCCCUGCUGCACCCGCCAGCCUGGGGAGCCAGGCGAGGAAAUAAGAAACCCAACCCUACACGCAAAACGCAAAUACAACCCACAAGCAGACCAGGAAUUCAAACGUAUUUUUUUAUGCACUAAUGAAAAUCGCAUAUUGGAUCUCC